CUGGGAGAGGGGAGCGCGCGCCGCCGCCGCCGCCGCCGCCAUGGAUCGCUUCGCCUGGACCAGCGGCCUCCUCGAGAUCCAUGAGAGCCUUGUUACGCAGCAGCGCGGGGUCCGCCUCUACGAUGGGGAGGAGAAGGUUAAGUUUGAUACUGGGGUAUUGCUACUGAGUACACACAGAUUGAUCUGGAGAGAUCAGAAGAAUCAUGAAUGUUGUAUGGCUAUUCCUCUUUCCCAAAUUGUUUUUAUUGAAGAACAAGCAGCUGGGAUAGGAAAAAGUGCCAAAAUAGUGGUACAUCUUCAUCCAGUACCUUCCAACAAGGAGCCUGGCCCUUUCCAGAGUAGUAAAUACUCUUAUAUCAAGCUUUCUUUCAAAGAACAUGGGCAGAUUGAGUUCUACAGGAGGCUGUCAGAAGAAAUGACACAACGGAGAUGGGAGAACAUGCCUGUUUCGCAGACCAUUCAGAUUAACAAAGGCUCCCAGACAGGAAGAAUAAGAGCUGCAGGAAUCGUAGGUAUUGAGAGGAAAUUAGAAGAAAGAAGAAAAGAGAUGGAUAAAAACAUUUCCGAGGCUUUUGAAGACCUCAGCAAACUCAUGGAGAAGGCCAAAGAAAUGGUGGAAUUAUCCAAAUCAAUCGCUAAUAAGAUCAAAGAAAAGCAAGGUGACAUCACUGAAGAUGAGACUAUCAGGUUUAAAUCCUAUCUGUUGAGCAUGGGUAUAGCUAAUCCAGUUACCAGGGAAACCCAUGGAUCUGGGACACAUUAUCAUAUGCAACUGGCAAAGCAACUUGCUGGAAUGUUACAGGCACCUCUAGAGGAACGGGGAGGGAUCAUGUCGCUUACAGAGGUAUAUUGUUUGGUGAAUCGUGCUCGAGGCUUGGAGUUGCUCUCACCUGAAGAUCUAGUAAAUUCUUGUAAGAUGUUGGAAGCACUUAAAUUGCCUCUCAGGUUGCGUAUAUUUGACAGUGGUGUUAUGGUGAUUGAGCUCCAGUCCCACAAUGAAGAAGAAAUGUUAGCUGCUGCUUUAGAAAUGGUCUCUGAGAAGGGGUCUCUUACAGCAGAAGAGUUUGCAAAGCUUGUAGGAAUGUCUGUACUUUUGGCCAAAGAAAGGCUGCUUCUAGCUGAAAAUAUGGGCCAACUUUGCAGAGACGAUUCUGUGGAAGGCUUACGAUUCUAUCCAAAUUUAUUUAUUACACAGAGUUAAUGAUGUUGCUUUUAUGUUUUCCUCAUUCCAGCAUGUUCACGAGUAUGUUCUGGACAAAAGAGUGUGUAAUAAUCUACCUUUUGCCUAGUUGAUAUAAUGGCCUACCUAAGCUGCAAUGAUGAUCCAUAGACAUUUUGUAGAAAUGAUGAGAUCAUGAUUGAGGCUUGUGGAUGAAUUAAUCUAGACUAGACAAUUUAUUUGACAUGCUACUUAAACCAUCUUUUCUUUUUUUAAUUUACAGAGGAAGGAAAUGAUGUGAUUCAGGAAGGGGUGUGUGUGACUGUGGCCUACUUAAAGGGCAGACAGAGCAUGAAGCACACUGUUUGUGUAUUGUAUGUUUUUCCUGUUCUGUUUUAACAUGAGUUUUGCUAUCAAAUUUCAGUGGAGUCAGAGACAGCACAUGGGUAUCAACAUAACUCAAAAUAAUAUAGUGUGUGCUGGGGGGUUUUGGUAACUACUCAAGCAUUUCUUUGGGAAGUGCUCACAUUUUAGGAGCAAAUCCUCAGUGCUCAUUUGCCUGUCUUUAGAGGAAGUAUUAGUCUCUGUUAUGAAAAAUGUGGGGAUUGUGUGUUGCUUUGUGUUGAAUGUUAAGACAAGAAGCAUUGUGAAUUCAGAUUUCCUUCCUUCCUUCCAUUCUUUGAUUCUCAGCUCCAUGAUGUUGCUAUUUUUGUCUGCUCUUUUGCAUAGCUGUGAAGACGGGCAUUCUGCCAGGUGAACUGAUUUGAAUCUUUUCACUAAAAUAGUCACUCGUCUUUUUAUCUUGGUGGAAAUAAUGUUUUGGGGGUGGAUGUGAUUUAUGUAUUUAAACAUGAAACAGACAUUCAUCUUUAACCGAAAGCAUUCCUUAGUUUCACAAGCUGCAUUUACAAAAUAUGAUUAUGCACUACCACAUAUUAGUAAUCCCAGCCAAGUUGUGUAUUUAUUACAUGUACUGGAAGAUGUAUCAGUGUAAUGUCUGACAUAAACAGAUCUUUUAGUUCA